AACAGAUGUGGUGGCGACUUUAUAAAUCGUUUGCAAAUACUGGGAGAAAAAAUGUGUUUGCGUAUUGUAGCCGAAAUAAGAGAAAUAUACAACAAACCUUACAACGGGAAUCAAUACCUUAUUGCUGCUCUUGUGACUGUCGAGGAAAUAAACGAUCCUUCGGCAACAUUUUUUAACGGGAUUGAUGUUGAGACACUAUCUGAGGAGGAAAUUAAGUAUAUUCGUGAUGAGAAACUACUCCGAAAAGGAAGAGUUGUUACCGUUUUACCAAAAUUCGAACCCAAGGACUUCCAUACCGAAGCAAGAAUUUUAGAUCCGUUCGGAGAAUUUCGUCAACAGCUUCAGGAAUCUAAUUUCAUACCAGAAGAGAAGUUUUCCUUCAUUGCUCAGCUCAAAGAAAAGUUUAAGAAUGACAACGAUGAAGACUAUAUUCUUGUUCUAUUUUCACACCUUAUGCCAUGCGAUGACAAAGGCCACAGAUGCGCGGCUCUCAUUCGACAUUAUGUCGAAACAACUGGAGAUAAUAUAAUUGUCUCUUAUGAGGCUUUCCCAAAGUAUGAGGAUUUUCAAGUCGCACUGUCUAAAUUGUUUGGUACUAAGAAGAUAUGGUUUAUAGGCCUUAGAUUUCGCCAAAAGUUAGCCAGUUACAGAAAAUCGAUAUUUGGGAAAUGUUUCAAAACCUAUGAUGAUAACGAAAAUAAUCGAUAUAAAACAAGAAGGACGAGGAAACGCGAGAAGAACAGAUUGUUAAGACUUGAAAAUGACGAAGGAAGGUCUGACAGAGAACCAUCCAGCCGAAAGAAAAAGAAAAGCUACGACCGCGAUGAAAAACUAAUCCAAAGAAAUGAGGAUGAUUUGUUGUUGAACUUGUUAUGGUAUUGAUGUGACCGUGGAUUUUUGUGUUAACUUGGGUGUUAAUAAAUUGUGAUUACAUGUAUACUGCAUAUGUAUUUAUUUGUAUUCAACAUUCAUAUACAUGUAAUGCUUGUA